CACUUCCUGCGCUUAGAAGGUGUGAUGAAGAGGGAGGGAAUCGAGCUACCUGGGAAGAUGCACUACUGGGUUCGAGCUACAUCUUCCGAUUUUGCUGGAAAUCCACCCCAGCCUCGCAGUGGUCAUUCCGCCGUCAAUAUCGGCAAAUCGAAGGUCGUCGUGUUCGGCGGCCUAGUGGAUAAGAAGUUUCUCAGUGACAUUGUUGUCUAUGAUGCUGAGGCCCAGCAAUGGUUUCAACCAGAGUGCACGGGAGGUGGGAUGGAUGGUCAAGUGGGCCCUAGUCCUCGGGCAUUCCAUGUAGCAGUUUCUAUUGAUUGUCACAUGUUCAUCUUUGGCGGACGGUCUGGGGGCAAAAGGUUGGGGGACUUUUGGGUCUUGGAUACUGACAUAUGGCAAUGGUCUGAACUAACUAGUUUUGGUGACUUACCUUCACCACGAGAUUUUGCUGCGGCCUCAUCAGUUGGAAACAGAAAAAUUGUCAUGUAUGGUGGAUGGGAUGGGAAAAAGUGGUUGUCAGAUGUAUAUGUCUUGGACACAAUAUCACUUGAAUGGACAGAGCUCUCAGUUAUCGGAACAUUGCCACCCCCUAGAUGUGGACAUACUGCCACAAUGGUUGAAAAAAGACUGCUUGUUUAUGGUGGCAGAGGUGGAGGUGGACCAAUUAUGGGCGAUUUGUGGGCAUUGAAGGGCCUUAUUGAAGAAGAGAUUGAAGCACCUGGGUGGACUCAAUUAAAGCUUCCAGGUCAAGCACCUUCUCCCCGUUGUGGUCAUACAGUAACACCUGGAAGAUAUAAUCUCUUGAUGUUUGGAGGGCAUGGUACUGGUGGUUGGUUGAGUCGAUAUGAUAUCUAUUAUAACGAUUGCAUUAUUUUAGACAGAGUUUCAGCACAAUGGAAGCGCUUACCUACAGGCAAUGAACCCCCGCCUGCUCGAGCAUAUCAUUCUAUGACAGUUAUUGGUUCACGGUACAUGUUGUUUGGUGGUUUUGAUGGAAAAUCAACAUAUGGUGAUAUAUGGUGGUUGGUUCCACAAGAGGAUCCCAUUACUAAGAGAUUAGCUGCAUCUCCACUCAAUAAUGUUCCUGAAAGUAAGGAUUCUGCCUCAGCAAAUGAUGAUUUUCAAUCUUCACUGAAGAAAAGUCAAGCAGAGAAAUCUCUUGUCUCAGAAUUGCAAAAACGAUUGGAGAUAACAGUUUCAAUGUCCAGUUCUAGGCUUCCUAUUGUGGAUGAGCUGGAAGAUAAAGAACUGCUUGAAUUGGCAUCAAGUUUAGCUGGAGAACAAGUUUCUAGCAAUUUACAGGCAGUUGAAGCACUACGUGACCGCUGGAAGAAGUCUGUACCAAAUUCAGUUAAACUUACAGAGCUUGGACCUUUGCUUCGAGAUUAUCAACGUCUGAUUUACCGACACCAUCUUAGAGAAAGCAGUGGAUCUGAUCUACAACCUGGGCUAGAUGGGCAUACGACUUAUCAAUUUUAUCAUAUCAAAGAUGCUUCUCAGCUACGCAUGGAUGAUGUUCCAAAACUCUUGGAAGGUUACAAGCAACUACCUCUUUGAACUUAAUUUGUCUGAUGAAUAUUAGUCUUCUUGUUUUUUUUUUAAUUUAAAAAUGUAAGAGAUGGUUCUCAGACAACCAUUAAAAUAUCACAGCAAGUUUUGGUAUAGUUUAUUAGUGAAUCUGAAUAUCAGCUUUUGUUAAGACCUCGCCUUAGGUUGUCAAGACCUGACUAUGUGUCAAGGAUGUAAUUUUACAUACUCCUGUGGUCCUAAGUAUGGAAGCUAGGGGGCUUUGUUUUGAUUCA